AUGGCUGGAUUUUUCAAAGGUAAUCUUCAGGAUGGUAUUGGUCUCGCUAUGAGGGAGGCCAAGGCCGUGGUUUGCUUCGUUCGAGAUGACGGUCACGCAAGCUCAACAUGGGAAGAAGAAUACUUAGUGGGUGAAAAUGUCACUCCGGCACUUGAUACCAACGCCAUCCUCCUACGCAUAAUAGCAGGAUCCCAAGAAGCUGGGUUUUUAACAUCGUUCUGUCCGAUCGCCAAAUUCCCGACGGUUGUAGUCAUUAAGAAUGGCACAUUGCAGGAGUACCUGGCGCCGGAGACCUCGAAAGAUGACUUUCAAAGUCGACUUGUGGGUGCUGUUGAUCCCCAGGAUCACCCGAAGCAUACCCAGAAAUCAGAUAGCAACACAUCUGCCGCACGAGAUAAAUCAGCGGAGAUAUCGGAUUCUUCUGCCACGCCCACUUCAAAUAGCUCCGCGACACGAGACACAAAUUCACUACCAGCAUCUGCCACAUCUACCGCAUCUGCCGCGUCUCUCAAAUCUUGCAUUGAAAAAUCGCCACCAGGGCAAAGCAGCAAAUUGUCAGCUCAAAAGCCUGUACCAGCAAACCUAAUGUCGCCGGGGGAUACGCGAAAACGGUCGGUUGCUUCGCAAAAAGGAACAGAAAAACCCGAAGAAGAGCGGCAAAAGCCCCAAAGUCCCAAAGUCAACAACACCCCUGCACCUCUCCCCAAAGAUCGUGAUCUUAAGCCAAAGGAAGCUCCCGGCAACCCCACGCAAUAUCGGCUACAAGUCCGGUUAUUCGAUGGAAGCUCCAUUCGAUCUAGCUUCUCGCCUUCGCAGACAAUUCGCAGCGAUGUGCGAUCUUGGCUGGACCAAAAAAUGGGAACUGAACAGCGACCAUAUAAUCUGAAACACAUAUUGACCCCUCUUCCCAGCCGGACACUAUCGAUAUCUGAGGAGUCACAAACCCUUCAGGACUUGGGAUUAGGUUCGACCGCUAAUCUGGUCAUGGUCCCUGUUUCAUCAUAUACAGACGCAUAUUCAAUCUCGGGCUCUAGUCUACCUGCACGAGGCGUUUCGGCUGUAUAUAGUGUCGUUUCUUCAGCUAUCACCACGGCUACAGGGCUAUUAGGCUCAUUGACUGGGCACGGCACACCAACCACCAGUGAGGUCGAAUCAUCUACUGCACCCGGUCAAUCCGGCUCUUCAAGGGCCACUCAGCGGCCAGGCAUAAGAGGACCAAAUAUUCGGACCCUCGGGGACCAAGGAAGUAAUGAGGAUGACCGUCAAUUUUACAAUGGAAACCAGUUGAACUUUGAACCGCGAGAAGAGGACAGGAAGGAUCACUGA